AUGGCCGCCCCUAGAAGCUCGUCCAUCAACCUUAUUGGAGACAAAUCAAAAGAUGGUAUGGUUCGAUACGAUACUCCAGAAGAGGUCAACCAUCUCCUCAAAGCUUUCCGUAAGCGAGGCUACAACCAUCUCGACAGUGCACGUCUCUACGCCGCGCACGCCAUUGGAACCUCCGAGCCCAGACUUGGUGCCGCCAAAGCGGGCGAUACUUUCACGAUCGAUACAAAGGUCAACUCUAGUCGAGAAGGUGGCCACUCGAAGGCCAAUAUCCUCUCAGAAAUCAAUGACUCCCUGAAAGCUUUGAGGAUGACGCAGGUCAACAUUUUAUAUCUGCACCUGCCCGAUCGCAAAACAGAUAUCAAAGAGACUUGCGAAGGGCUUGAUCAAGCCUAUAGAGAGGGUAAAUUUAAGACGUGGGGAAUCUGCAAUAUCUCUGCUUCUGAGGUCCAGAAGUUUAUGGACGUGUGCGAGGAAAACGGCUUUGUCAAGCCUAGCGUGUAUCAAGGACAGUACAAUGCCAUUGUCCGAGGUGCCGAGAAAGACCUUUUUCCACUGCUUCGCAAGUAUGAUAUGCCGUUCUACGCAUAUAGUCCCGCUGCAGCUGGCUUCUUUGCUGGCAAUCAUAAGGAGGGACGCGAGGGCAGCCGCUUCGAUCAGAAACUCUUGCUCGGCGGAUUAUACAGGAACUUUUAUCUGAAGCCAUCCAUCAUGGCUGCUACUGAGAAGGCUUUGCUGAGUGCCUCUAAACAUGGAAUUAGCGGACACGCCGCCGCUCUACGGUGGGUUGCCCACCAUAGCACCCUGGAGCCUGAGCAUGGCGACAGUAUUGUCUUCGCUGCUUCCAGUCUAGCACAGCUCAAUGACAACAUCGACUUUUUCGAGGCAGGGCCGCUUCCGGCUGAUGUAGUGGAGGCUUUGGAGGCUAUCUAUGGAGCCAUUGGUGAAGAUGAAGUAUUGUAUCAUAUGUGA